AUGAAGGGAUUCAGACAGAGAGUGCACGAGCAGUUGUCGCGGGCCAAGGACGCCAACAAGUCCUCGAAGAAGAAAGACCCCUCUCACGCAUCGCAAAACCAAACCUCUCUCGGAAUUCACCAGACACAGCAGUCGGCUUCGCCAAACCAGGGCACCCCGACAUCAUCUACAACCUCCUUGAAUGAUGCACGAGGCAAAUCGCCGGACAAUAGCUCGCCAGCCGGCACUCCGUCGACUGGUGCCGUGCCCGGGGCGCCAGCCCAACAUUAUAUACCUUCGGGAGCCGGGGUCGCGGGUCAGCCCGUGAGCAAUGGCCCGGGUACCCCGACAAGGCAGGGCCAGCCAGUAGCCCCCAGUGUGAUCAUUAGUCCCAGUGCGCCGGCUGACCGAUACUUUUCUGUGCAUACAGCAUGCGCCUCCCCCGGUGCCGCCGAGACGAUGCCCGGAGAUCUGGCACCUCCGAGGAAAUCCCACGUCUUCGAUCGCCUGCAAACCACCCCAAAAGAUAUGUCGGAGGGUAUCCGCACCCCGAAGCGCCAGCACUCCUCGCGAUUCGACAUUUCGGAUCAGCGUCAACGAGAACUGGAGAAGUUGCCGGGCUUCCACGAAGUGGCUCCCAACCGGCGCCAGGAUCUCUUCAUGCAGAAGAUUGACCAGUGCAACAUUAUUUUCGAUUUCAAUGACCCCACUGCCGACAUGAAGUCCAAGGAGAUCAAGAGGCUGGCUCUCCACGAGCUCUUAGAUUACGUUGCCAAUAACCGAUCUGUAAUCACAGAGCCCAUGUACCCUCGUGUCGUGGAAAUGUUUGCGAAGAAUCUCUUUCGCCCGAUCCCCCCGCCUAUGACACCACAGGGUGAAGCGUUCGACCCCGAGGAAGACGAGCCUGUCCUCGAGGUGGCCUGGCCCCACAUCCAAGUUGUUUACGAGUUCUUCCUUCGAUUUAUUGAGAGCCAAGACUUCAACACCAAUAUCGCAAAGGCUUAUAUCGAUCAUCAAUUUGUCCUCCAGUUGCUGGACCUCUUUGACUCGGAAGACCCUCGGGAGCGUGAUUUUCUGAAAACUACCUUGCAUCGUAUUUACGGCAAAUUUUUGAAUCUGCGUUCCUACAUUCGGCGAUCUAUCAACAACGUCUUCUUCCAGUUCAUGUAUGAAACAGAGCGACACAACGGUAUUGCUGAAUUGCUGGAGAUCUUGGGUUCAAUCAUCAACGGAUUUGCCCUGCCGCUUAAGGAGGAGCACAAGUUGUUCUUGACUCGCGUUUUACUGCCCAUGCACAAGGUGAAGAGUCUGAGCAUGUAUCACCCUCAAUUAGCUUACUGCAUUGUCCAGUUCCUGGAGAAGGAUUCUAGCUUGACCGAAGACGUUGUUCUUGGAUUGUUGCGUUAUUGGCCGAAGACAAAUAGCACCAAAGAAGUGAUGUAUCUGAACGAGGUUGAGGACAUCUUCGAGGUUAUGGACCCCGGAGAGUUUGCAAAGGUCCAAGAGCCUCUUUUCCAUCAGCUGGCUAAAUCGGUAGCCAGUCCACAUUUCCAGGUUGCCGAACGUGCUCUUUACUUCUGGAACAACGAGUACUUUUGUAACCUUGUCAGCGACAACGUGGAAACAAUCCUUCCAAUCAUGUUUGCUCCUCUCUAUGAGAAUUCGAAGGGGCACUGGAACCGGACUAUCCACAGCAUGGUGUACAAUGCCAUGAAGAUGUUUAUGGAGAUCAACCCACAGCUAUUCGAUGAGUGUUCUCACGAAUAUACCGAGCACCAAAACAGCGCCGAUCAACGGGAGAAGACACGCCAAGAUCGAUGGGAUCUGAUUGAACAACAGGCGACGAUGAGGAAGAAUGGUGCUCCGCCUCCUCCUGCACCCACUCUCAACGUGCCGGAGCCGAUUGACGAAGUGGAGGCCAUGACCAACGAAAGUCAGAAGCGUUUGAACACUCUGAAGCUCCAAGAGGAAACCGAGGUAUCCAAGGAGCGGCCUGCGCGGGAGGGAACCCCAACUUCGACACGACGCCGUGGCUCCAUUCGCGGUACCCGGAGACGACGGAGUGGCAGCGGUAGCGAGAUUCGCCCGCGACGACGCUCGGUUGGCAGUGGUACCAGCGUGACCAAUGUACAGAUCCUGCAUCGAAGCAAUUCGACCAAAUGA